AUGAUGCUCUGGCCCAAGAUACUCGUCUUCACCUGCCUCGUGCUCCUUCAGUCGGGCUCCGCCGUGUCUCUCGGAGGAAGAGGGUACGACUAUGGCCGGAACCUCGAGCCCGCUCUCCUAAGGCGGGAAGAUGACCAGAAUUCUCUUGUUCAGCCAAUCCCCUACAAUGACACCAUCCCUCUACGGCUCGAGAUUCGAGAUCUCAAAAACCACAACGAAACAUGGACUCUUUACAUCUUGGCCAUGAGUUGGAUGCAGUGGAUGAAUCAAUCAGAUCCCUUGUCGUGGUACUCGGUCACAGGCAUCCACGGCGCGCCUUUCGCAGACUAUGGUGGCGUGAAGGCGGUGCCCGGCAACAAGGCCAAUGGCUACUGUACUCAUGUGUCCAAUCUGUUCCCUACUUGGCACAGGCCAUAUCUAGCGCUUUACGAGCAAACGAUCUACAAGUUCGUUCAGAUGAUUGCGAACUGGUUCCCUCCUGAUCGUCGCGAGGCUUAUCAGAAAGCCGCUGCAACAUUCCGUAUUCCCUACUGGGACUGGGCUCUCAAACCUGCCCCGGGCGAGAGUGUAUGGCCAAUGUUCCUCGGCGGCAUGGUGAACAUAGAGAUAGAUGGCCCAAACGGCGUUCAGAACAUCAGCAACCCUCUGUACAGUUACACGUUCAAGCCCCUGAACUCCUCGGACUUUGACCAGUUCCCAUUCAUGUACUGGAAUGAGACGAAGAGACGCCCACAGCCGCAGCAAAGUGCGAAUGCUACUUCCGACAAUGGUUGGGUGGCCCAGGCUCUGGAUAGCCACCUGUCCAGUAUCCAACAACGCCUCUAUACUCUGUUUUCCAACUACAAGGAUUAUGCUACAUGGAGCAAUGAGGCUUGGAUCACCGAUGUGAACAACGCAAGCACGGAUUCAAUCGAGUCUCUUCAUGAUACAAUACACCUGGCGUGCGGAGGAAAUUAUGGUCACAUGGCCAUCAUCGCCUAUUCGUCGUUUGACCCUGUAUUCUUCCUGCACCACGCGAAUCUCGAUAGAUUAUUCGCCAUGUGGCAGGUCGUUCACAACGACUCAUAUGUGGAAUCCAUGAAAGCCAUUCUUCCCACCCGGACGAUCUACAUCGGAGAUGUUCAGGACGCUCGAUCCGACUUGACCCCAUUUUAUCGUAACGAAACAUCGUUUUGGAACUCUGACCAGGUGAGAGACCACAAGGUGUUCGGAUAUAGCUAUGCGGAUGCCGCUAGUGGCAAUCGGAGCGAGGUAAUAGCCACCAUCAACAAGCUGUAUACGGAUUUCAGCCCAGCAACAAUGAAUCUGUCGGCCACGCGGAGACCUUUGUCGAGGGAAAUGAGUUGGAAGGCGAGCAGCUCCGGCAGCCUCCCGGUUGAGUUGAUCAUGAACGAUGGCCAGUAUCAAGAAUGGAUUGCCAACAUACGUGUGAAUAAGCACACCCUCAAUGCGUCGUUCAACAUUUACCUGUUCCUGGGCGAAAUUCCGGAAUCUCCAUCAGAGUGGGAUUUUGCGAGUAACAUGGCAGGAACGUUGGGUGUUUUCGCCGGUCCUCAGCAUCACGCAGGAGCGGGACAGCAAAAGGUCAGCGGUACAGUGCCAUUGACCUCGGCGCUUGUGGGGAUUGUCGCUUCAGGCGGCCUGGCGAGCCUUGAUCCACGCCAUACAGACCCAUUCCUCAGACAGAACCUGGGAUUCCGUAUCAAGCACAACAACGGAUCAAUGGUAGCACCUACGGAUGCAGAUGGUCUUUCCAUCAGUAUCGUCAGCUCCUCGGUCAAAUCGGCAGCAAAUGAGCACGAGUUGGCGCGCUGGGGUGACGUGACCUCGCACUUUGACCUCUACUGA